AUGACAACCCCCUUCCAAUUCCCCCUAACCUACUCCUUCCCAGCCUUCUUCACCCCCCAACCCAACACCAACACGCGAACCUCCCAACUCCAAAAAUGGUCCUCGUUGAUCCAGUCCUGGUGUCGACAUCACCGCACGUACCGACUCUCCGUGAUCGAGGCGAUCGAGUCCCCGCUAUUCCAUAACACGACGCUCCGGAAACGGAUCUCGUUGAGCGAUGCGCGGGAUAUUUUCGAUUGGAUGGCGAGGGGGGAAGAGGAGGGGGGAGGAGGCAGGAGGGCGGAGUGGAUUGAUGGCGGGGGGAAGUCGGUUGUGUGGGUUUGGUGGAGGAGGCCGGAGGAGUGGGCGGGGGUGGUGGCGGAUUGGGUGGAGAGUACAGGGCAGAAGAAUGUCGUGCUCACGGUGUAUGAGUUGUUGGAGGGGGAGGCUACGAUGUCGCAAGAAUGGCAUGGGAUGGACCCGGAGGUGAUGCUCAAGUCCCUCAAUGUUCUCGUCAAACGAGGCAAAGCACAGGUCUUUGGUAGCGAGGGCCAGGAGGGUGUCAAGUUCUUCUGA